ACUUGGUUCGGUGUCGGAUUGUAAGCUCACUUUGCCUCCGUAAUGGAGGCACCUUGAGGGACUUGUUUGUUUCGGUGUGUUGACCUGGUCCUAUUUAUUACUGCUGGCAAUGUGUUGACGACUAAGGAGGCUUUUGUCGGUUUCUAAUUUGGAGCAAUUGAUCAGAGUGGUGUUUACCUGCCAGGAUAUUAGGCUAACUGUGCUUUAUGUCUAAUUCUGAAACAGUGUCCGUUUGUGCACAAGUAUCACACAGUUCUGGCGGUAAUGUUCAUAUGAAAUUGCACUUUAAUUAGUUGAUUCGCCUAUGACUUUGGGUGUUUGAAUUCAGCUAGAAAAGUAACCUCCAGUUGUAAAAUGUAAAAACACUUAAGUGAUUUUCCAGUAAAGGACCAAGCCAGGUGCUCAUCAGCAUUAAUUUUUGUAAGGUCAGCAAAUAGAGACAGCCUUAUCUUUGUCCAUUGGUUCUUAGUCAGUGUUUAACUUUCUGUCCAUUCAAUGUGGCACAGUUGAAAACGUGAGUUUCACUGGAAAUGUAAUCAUGAACAUGGAAGAGAAUUGUAUGGAUGUUUGUAAUGUCAAAUCUAAAAGCAGCGAGGAUGAUGAUCGUAACGCUACAAACGGCACAGAAGAGGUCACUCCUCGGAUCUCUGACAUGAUGACGGACUGUGACACAGAAAAACAAAACCUUGUUCCCACAGAGGACUCUGAAACCAUCCUGAUGCCUGGACUCACUGACAAUCUUCAGGCUGCUGAGGAAGAUAACAACCAGACACAAGACACAAUGAAAAUUGAUGAAGUCAAUGGGAAUAAAAAGAGUUGUGCCCAGAAUACCUCUGCUGUAGAUAACCCCACUGACGUGAUCUUUAAUGACGAGCAGCAAAAGACUGUUAUUAAGGAGGAGAAAAUGAAGGACAGUGAUGCUAACAAUACCAGAGUUUUUGUAGAAACGGGGGAUGAUGGUGGGGACAUGGAUAUGGGUGUGGAUCUGAGUCUGGAUGAGACUGGCGUGUUGUUGGAGGCUGAUUCUGCAAAUGUUGAAUCAAACUCGGAUGGUAUUUUGGACUCUGCGUCCACUCCUCAGGAUGCUCCAUCUACCAGAACUGUUGAAAGCCAAGAUGCAAAGCAGACAUCCAGCACUGACACUUCUGCCACUAAUCAAGCCGGACUGUACCCCUUGGUGGAGGAUGAGGACAAUAAAUACAAACCUGGCGGCAAAAAGGUGACGUUCCCUUCAGAUGAGGAUAUUGUCUCUGGAGCAGUGGAGCCUAAGGAUCCCUGGAGACACGCUCAUAACGUGACCGUGGAGGAGAUUCUCUUUUCUUACAAACAGGCCUGUCAGAAACUCACUUGUAAGCCUAUACUGAAAGUGCUCAUACAGAUUCAGGAACUGAAAGACCUGACGCAAAGAAAUGACUGCUUAGAUUUAAAAGGUGAGAAGCUGGACUACAAAACAUGCGAGUCUCUGGAGGAGAUUUUGAAGCGAGUCCAAUUUAAACUGAUCGACCUGGAGCAGACCAACCUGGAUGAAGAUACAAGUUCUCUCCAGUACCUUGAAGCUCGUAACACCCCUCUUCUGGACCACUCGGCUCCGUUUGUAGCACGAGCACUCAGGAUCAGUGGCAGCCUGGCGGUUCUCCACCUGGAGAACGCCGGUCUGUCUGGCAGACCGCUCAUGUUAUUGGCUACGGCCCUGAAGAUGAACAUGAACCUGCGGGAGUUGUACCUGGCUGACAACAAGCUCAACGGUCUUCAGGACUCUGCUCAGCUUGGCAACCUGCUCAAGUUCAACUACAACAUUCAGAUUCUGGACGUGCGCAACAAUCACAUCCUCGACUCUGGUUUGGCCUACUUGUGUGAAGGACUAAAAGAACAGAGGAAAGGCCUAGUCACUUUGGUGCUAUGGAACAACCAGCUCACACACAACGGGAUGGGCUACCUCGCUGCUGCACUGCCCUGCACCCAGAGUCUGGAGACUCUAAACCUCGGCCACAAUUCAGUCGGAAACGAAGGAGUCUUGAAGCUGAAAGAAGGCCUGAUCGCCAACCGCGCUCUGCUCAGGUUGGGGCUGGCGUGCACCAAGCUGACCUGUGAAGGAGCUGUCGCCGUGGCUGAAUUCAUCGCAGAGAGCCCCAGACUGCUGCGUCUGGACCUCCGGGAGAACGAGAUCAAAACUGGCGGGCUGAUGGCGCUGUCGCUCGCUUUAAAGGUCAACAACUCUCUUCUGCGCCUUGACCUAGACCGAGAGCCCAAGAAGGAAGCUGUGAAGAGCUUCAUUGAGACGCAGCGCGCCCUGCUGACUGAGAUCCAGAACGGCUGCAAGAGAAACUUCAUUCUUGCCAAAGAAAAGGAGGAGACCGAGCAGAAGAUGAGGCUGUCGACCUCCAUGGCUGAAAUCGCCACAGAGGACGGGACGAAGGAAGAGGAGGAUGAAGAGCUGGCGUCCGGUGAACGGAGGGAAAGAGUUGAAAAAGAAGAAGAGGGAGAGAAGGAGGAGGAGGCAGCAGAAAACAAAUCGCAAACGAGCGGCCAGUCCAAAGCGAGCUCCGAGGCGAACGUUUGCCCCGCAGCUCUGGAGUCAGACUCUGACACCGACGAUGAGGAUGACGAAGAGGUGGUAACUACUUCCACUCCCAAGGCCCCCACUCCUUCAAAUCAGACUGCUCCUCAGCCCCCUGCGGUGGCCCCCCUCAGUGCCUCACAUGCUCCCUCACCCCCCUCUGCCUCACCUGCUGGAGCACCAAGUAUCAUAUCUGGGAUAACAGUCACAGAAGCCACAGUUCCUCCUGGGACCCCUCCCUCUCCAGGGCGCUGCAUUUCUGUCUCAAGUCCAGGAAGGAGGCAUAAGAUUUUUAUGGUAACUCGAGUAGAAUGCCCCCCCGAGCAGAAGCAGCAGCCCCAGAAAAGUGCUGCUGCAGCUCCCAGCCAGAAUAAAGAGUCCACAGAAAGGCCUGUAGACGUAAACACACCGAUGACUUUGCAGACGCAGCCCCCACCUCAAACACCUGCACAAACACAGCUCAGCUCACCUGCUCCACCUGCAGUCAAUAAAAUGCCAGGUGAGAAUCCCGUGUCGCGAUUAGAAUCUGGGACGAACCCUCGCGAAGCAGAGCCACAGUCGUCGAGUGACCCCUCCGAGGAGGCGACCACCAGAACUUUAGAUCCAGCUGCUGUGACAGGCCAGAGUCCACAAACACCAGCUUUGCCUUCAAACUCCUCCUCAGUGCAGGCUGGAGCACUGCUGCCAACAGAAGGACUAGAGGAGAACUCUGAAACGCCCCCGCCUGAGCCCCCUUGUCUACAAGGAAAGGAGGAAGGAGAGCAAAGGGAGCUUAGUGUCCCAGAUGAUGGGCAGCUCAUUCCUCCAGAGAGUUCAUCAACGUUCACAGCUGAAGCAGAGCGGCUUCACAUUGACCAAACUUCAGAGGAGCAGCUUUCACCAAAGCAGACGGAGUCUGUGCUUCCUCAGCAGGAGGUACCAGUCAACGUAAUGGGAAAUGAUAAACCCAGUCCUACCCAGAAAGAGGAGCCAAACCAAGAGGAGGCGAGUCCAAAGCAGCAUUCUGAGACAGAGCAGCCUGAUCAGCAGGAGCCUGACUCGGCUGAUGACAGCUCGGCAGACGAGUGUUUUGCAGACGCUCUGGAGGGCGAAGUUGUCGGUUCAGCUCUGCCCAACGGUCUGAAACCCGAGUUCUCCCUCCGUCUUCUCGACAGCGAAAGCCCAAAGCCCGGCAGCUGUGUGAUGGAGCACGUGAGCGCCAGCUGUGGACAGGAGCUGGAGGAGCUGCUCCUAGAGGCCAGCAUGGACACUGGGAGAGACGCACCGUGAACUGGGUCUGAGGACGAGGAAAAACAGCACUAAGAUGGUUUGUCAGCCUCUGCAACGUGACUGGUUGCACCUACAAUGUUUUUGUCUUUUUUUUUGUUUGUUUGUUUGUUUGUUUGUUUGUUUGUUUGUUUGUUUGAACUCGACCACAAUGUUUCCUUAAAGAACGAGUCCGUGUCACAGUCACAGCUCCAGACAUGAAAAUAAAAAAGGACAGAAAUCAUCCUCUGGAGCUCAGCUGUGGUAAAUAAGGAGCCUUCUACAUCCACACUACGUCAUCCACGUAUGACACGGGGACAACAAAUGAACCAACCCCACCCCCACCCCACCCCUCCCUCCAUGUCACUACAUUUUGUCAGUAUGAGAGAGAUUAAAAGAGGAUAAAACACUAACCAAAGACUUUUUCCCUCAGUCCUCUGUCCAUCGUUAGACUUGCAGUCAGUUUUUCAUCACUCACAGAGACACAGCGAUGAUGAUGAUGGUGAUGAGGAGGAGGAACAUGGGGUUCACUCAGAGGACAAAGUAUCACCCCCCUCCUACACACAGACACUGCUAAGACCUGCAGGCUUUAAACUCUUGCGAUGAUAAGAGGUCGCUGUUAAAGUCUUUUCUAUCCAAGAAAGCCGAGGACGUUAAUCCAUCUGUGUAAACGUAAUCACUGUGUGUGGACCCCCUCCCCCCGUACUCCCAGUGUCCACUCCCCUCACCGCUCCUAAGGGACCUCUGCCAAAGUGACUCGCUUCCUGUUUGUUUUUCUUGUCCUCUGCUCAGCUUGGCUCCUCAGAAAUCAGCGUUCUCCUCCUCACUGCUCCGAUCUGGACGAGCUGUACCCCCCCCCCCCCUCCAGUUCCCUCCAUUAUGACUAAACUACUGUUUGAAAGUUCAAAUCUAUAAUUCCCCCCACCCACUGUACAAAUAAAAAUCAACUUUAAAGAAAUUAAAGAAAGCAGGGAUGUUAAAGCUUUUUUCUGAAAUUUCCGUUUUCUUCAUCCCGGCAUUUGGUUUAUCCUCCUCUUCCUCGGUCUUCCGCUCCACGUUUAUGUCACCGGUCAUUCCUCCGCUUUUUAAAUAUAUAUAUAUAUAUAUAUAUAUAUUUCACAGCUUUUGGAGCCUUUUUCGUUUCCAUUUCAUCUUUUUUUGUUUGUUUGUUUGGGGUUGCUUAUAAAGCGAACCCCACUUCUUGCUGUAGAUUUCCUUUACAGAUUAGAGAAAUUAUUUCGAUUAGUUUUCAUUUUUGAGUCGGUGUGAUCGAUAAGGGGAGGAAAGGUAGAUUUAUAGGAAUACUUUACUACUGGGAUGCAGUUAUGUAAUCAAUUAAAGGAAGCUGCAAACGUGCUGCUUUUAUUGUCUUUGUUGUUGGUGUUCCAGUGUCCACGAGGGGGCGCUGGAGACCGUUUUUGUUUCAAACCUGAAGCAGAUCAGUCAGCUUUCCAGAGCAAGACCGUAAGAAUGAAUCUUUAUUAUCAACAGAAGAGAUCCGGUUUCCCCCCUGCCUUAAUUUUUCAAAUAAAGCAGCAUUCACGCAACCCCACCAACACCACUGCUCUUCUCCACACAAAUCAGAAGUUUGCCCACCCCACUUUGUUUGUAAUGCUUUAAUUUUUAGACAUUUUUAAUAAUGAUUUGUUAACUUAAUUGAAAUAUGCUGGUAAUCACAAAGAUGUGU